AUGGAUGACAACCAAAGGCAUCCAUUUAGUGAAGACCUGUCGUUGACUUGUGCAGUGGCUGGCCCCAGCAGUACAGGGCAGCUCGGUGGGGGCACCUCGGCCAGAGAAACUGGUGGAGCCACUGGUGAUGAUGUGGGCUGGAAGAAGCCCUGCAGGGGUGUCAGCCGGCUGUGUUACAAGGAGGAAACCAUUGGGACAGCCUGCCUAAUGAAUCUUCAUUGGCCAGACGGUGGCAAACAUGGUGGUUGCCGGGUCGCCAUCACCUGCCGCCACUGCUUCCUUCCAGAAGCAGGAAAGAGAAUAAGCAUGGAGGGCAUUGUAGCAUUCGGGCAAAGUGUCUCGCAUGUGGCAAGCUUUCCAGGCUAUGACAUCACGUUCCUGGCCCUGGAGGAGGAGCCUGGAGGUGACAUUGAGUGGGUGCCCUUCUGCUGGGUUGCUGGAAUCGGGCUGUCUCGCUGCCAGCCUGUCAAGCUGGUGAGCUUUCCACAGGUAUUAGACAAGGAGGUUAUCAGCAAGGCCACUUGGGACGCACCGAAUGUGUCCAGUGGCACGGUGACAUGGAUUUCGGCUGACGUCAACGAGGCUGUUGCUGAUUACUCUGGUUUGUUGCCAAACUCAAGUGGUGGUGCAGUAGUGGUGAGCCCGACUAUCCUCGCUGGUGUCCACACCGGCAGCAUCUACCACUUGGAGGAGGACCUGCCAGAGCAGGAGCAGCAUGACCAGGCCAGGAUGACCAUGCCAUUGAUACCAGAUAUGGAGCUGGAGGAGUGGACAGCUGAACCUUUGGCAUCUAGCCAAAGGGCUGCUGCUGGGAAGCGGAAGAAGGAGGAGGCAGCAAGCAGGAGCAGCGACCUGGAGCAGAAAAUAUCAUAUUGUAUGAAGAAUAUCGAGCACAAGGGGGCCAUGGGCACAUUUGUGCCGUCACAUACACUGCGCUGGCUCUACAAGAGUGUGCUGGAGCUGAAUCCACCCCAUUGAUGAACACUUCCAUGCUGGGCUCUGGCAGUGGCAGGGUUGUGGCAGAUGCCUGCUGAGGGGUGACUGGACAGCUGGCAGGCUAGGAGGGAGCAGGUUGGGGAGGGUGUUGUAGAGGUCUUAGGGCCUUGAAGGAUAGUGCUUGUCACCAGUCUGGGAUUUUCCCAGGUUCAGGAGGUAGGGGCCAUCUCGUGAGAGUCUGACCAGGUGGUGGUUGGGAGUUGUUUGGGUAUGUGUUGUGUGUAGUUCUGUUGUGUCACCCCGCUGGGGGAUGUUGUUGGUUUGAGGUGUGGUGGCCAGUGGGCUGCAGUCCUGCGGCUGGGUUUGUGUUCUUCUGUUCUUCUGCAGUGUAAGGACCCUUGGCAG